CAGACCCUCAAAAAAAAAAAACCCCGACGACACGCAGUAGCAUUUGCAAUCCAUCGAAAACAUCUCUGCCGCCGCCGCCGCCGCCCGCCGUCGCCGCCGCUCCUGCGCCAUGCUCCGCCUCCGAGAGUGCGUCGUUUCCCGUCUCCUAUCUUCUUCCCCCACCUCCAGCUCUGCCAUUUUCCCACUCUGCCGUCUCCUCUCCGCCGCCGCGCCCCACAUUUCCCCAAAUCCCAGUGGCUUCGCCGUGGAAGAGUACCUCGUCGCCACCUGCGGUCUCACCCGGCCACAAGCCCUCAAGGCCUCCCCGAAGCUCUCCCACCUCAACUCCCCCGCCAACCCCGACGCCGUCCUCGCCUUCCUCUCCGGCCUCGGCCUCUCCGGCGCCGACGUCGUCGCCAAAGAUCCGCUCUUCCUCUGCGCCAGCGUGGGGAGAACCCUGGCCCCUAAGGUUGCCGAGCUCACUGGCCUAGGUCUCUCGCGUCCUGAGAUCGCCCGCCUCGUCUCCCUCACCCCCGACCGCUUCCGCCGUAGAGCCAUAGUCUCCAAGCUGCAGUACUACCUGCCCCUCUUCGGCUCCUCCCACAACUUCCUCCGGCUGCUCAAGCGCUCGUCCCACCUUCUGUCGUCGGACCUCGAUAAGUUGGUCAAGCCCAAUGUUGCCUUCCUCAGGGAGUGCGGGCUAGGUGAUUGUGAUAUUGCCAAGCUGUGUAUCCGGGAGCCGAGGAUGCUCAUCACCAACCCGGAGCGCGUCCGGGCGAUGGUGGCAUGUGCCGAAAGAUUAGGUGUGCCCCGUGGCUCUGGGAUGCUCAGGCAAGCGCUGCAGGCUGUCGCGUUUCUCAGCGAGGAGAAGGUUGCCGCCAAAUUGGACUAUUUGAAGAAUACUUUCAGGUGGUCUGAUGCCGAAGUGCGCAUUGCUGUGCGCAGGUAUCCGGGUGUGCUGAAGAAUACAAAGGGACCUCUGAAGCGCAGGUCCGAGUUCCUGUUCUCUAAGGUGGGGCUGGAACCCAUGUACAUUGCUCAUCGGUCGGAAAUACUUUCAUAUAGCAUGGAGGGCCGACUCAGACCCCGCUACUAUGUUAUCAAGUUUCUCAAGCAAAAUGGACUGCUAGAUCGUGACUUGAGCUUAUAUUCUGCGGUCAAGAUGUCUGACAAGGUAUUUGUGGAGAAGCUCAUAUGCCCUCACAAGGAAGCCGCACCACACCUCGCUGAAGAUUAUGCAGCAGCUUGCAAAGGGGAAGUGCCAACUAAUUUCAGAUUUACGUGAACUAAAAAAGGCUAUGGAAAUUGGUUACAGCGUAUGGCGCAACAAAGUUAUCACCCUGCCCUCACAAGGAAGCCGCACCACACCUCGCUGAUGAUGGUUGUUUUCUAUGGUAUGCCUGUUACAUGCCAGUUUGUCAUUGCUAAAUGCUAACUCCCUAUGACACUGAUAAUUUGAUUCCUGAACCUCAAUAUGUUGAUGUUGCCAUUCCUUACAGAGGAUCUCUGUAAAUGAGAAGUUCAUGGAUAUAUUUGUGUUUCUGAUUUCCAUUAAAGAUCAUGGAAAUUCGAUGUGUGGGUGGACAAAUUUUAUGAAGAAGCCAGCAUUCAUAAAACUAGAAACCAAAGUAGUAAUGCGGUGUCGUUUUCCGCCAAAAUGUAUCAGUAUGAUCUGCUUCCAUGCCAAAAUUUAUUUAGCAUGCAUGUUCAUUUUCAUUUCCUUGUCUUUUUAGAUUCCACUGUAUGUCAAUUAGUACUAACUGUGUUUAAUAUUUAGGUUAGAUUUAUAGACACUGAGACUUUCCACUGGUUGUCCAUUCUAGUAUAACUUAAAGAGUGGCAAAUUGUUGUGAUUAGUGAUGUAUAUGUGGUCUGGCUGUGUUUAAUUAGCAACAGGGGUAACAAUCCCCACUACUGUAACGUGUAACCAUGCCAUUAUAUAUAUAUUUUUUCUGUUUGAACA